GACGACGGCGGCUACUACGCGGCCCUGGGCGUGUCCCGCGACGCGAGCGCCGGCGACAUCGCGCGGGCCUACCGGCGCCGGUCGCUGGCGUGCCACCCGGACAAGGGCGGCGACGCGGAGCAGUUCAAGAAGCUCAACGAGGCCAAGGAGGUGCUGGGCGACGCGGAGAAGCGGCGGGCCUACGACCGCUUCGGC